GCACCGUCUAGAAACCCUUGGAUCCAAAUCACCAUAUAUGGUUUCACUUAUCCGCAUUUAAUUUCAGAUUUCACCAUUUUAUUUUUCAACGAAAAACACAAAGAUUCAGUUGGAAACAAAAAUUACGUCCAGAUUCAUAACAUAGAAAAGCGAAACGUGAAACUGCAAAACAAAGAUAAAUAGCCUUCCAUUUGUCAAUUGCAAUUUGCCUACCAUCCCCUUUCUCUUUCUCUUUCUCUCUCUAGAUUUUAGGUUUUCUAACUCUCGUCCGUUAUUUUUCAUUCUGUAACGCAUGGCUGAUACGUUGGUUAACGUUCACAACAACAAACGCAGCAAUGAAAACGACGUCGUCGAAGGCAGAGACGCUAAGAAGCUGAUGCUAUGGAGCGGUGCGGUGGACGCUGAGUCGGACCCAGCCGCUUCAUUCGCCAACGCACGCCAUGAAUUCGGCGAACACGGUGGUGUCAACAUGUCGAUCGAGGCUUCCGCCACAUUCACCGUGAUGGAACCAGACACUCUCCGCCGUAUGUUCGCCGGAGAGCUUGGUCCUGAAAACGAUUACUUCGUCUACAGCCGUCAUUUCAAUCCAACGGUCCUAAAUCUGAGCCGUCAGAUGGCAGCACUCGAAGGGACCGAGGCCGCCUACUGCACAUCAAGUGGCAUGUCCGCCAUUACCGCUGCUCUGUUACAGCUUUGCAGUAGUGGCGGACACAUUGUGGCUUCUAGUACACUUUAUGGUGGAACCCACGCACUGAUGUCGAAUUUCUUUCCAUCAAAAUGCAACAUAACGACAACGUUCGUUGAGAUCAAUGAUUUGGAUGCUGUUGAGAAUGCGAUUGUGGAAGGGAAGACGACAGUUCUUUAUUUCGAGUCGAUGGCGAAUCCAAGCUUGAAGGUUGCAAACAUUCCGGCGCUGGCUAGAAUUGGACACAAAAAGGGAUUGACAGUGGUGGUUGACAACACGUUUUCUCCUAUGGUGCUUUCUCCGGCGCGUCUUGGUGCUGACGUGGUCAUUCAUAGUGUCUCCAAGUUUAUCAGUGGUGGUGCUGACAUUAUUGCAGGAGCUGUGUGUGGGCCUGCCAGCCUGGUGAAUAAGAUGAUGGAUCUACACGAUGGGGCUCUAAUGCUAACGGGUCCAACUAUGAAUGCAAAGGUUGCAUUUGAUCUGUCAGAGAGAAUCCCACACUUGGCCCUUCGAAUGAAAGAACAUAGCCACCGUGCAUUGGUCUUCGCCCAAAGGCUUAAGAAAUUAGGAGUCAAGGUACUUUACCCAGGCCUUGAAGAACACCCACAACAUGAAUUGUUGAAAUCCAUGGGUAACAAGGAUUACGGAUUUGGUGGUAUUCUUUGCAUUGACAUGGGGACAGUAGAGAAAGCUAACAAGUUCAUGAGUUACUUGCAAAACUAUGCUCAAUUUGGUUUCAUGGCUGUUAGUUUAGGUUACUAUGAGACCCUAAUGUCUUGCUCUGGAAGUAGUACUAGUAGUGAGAUGAGUGCGGAGGCACAGAAGCUUGCUGGAAUCACACCGGGACUAAUAAGGUUGUCAAUCGGGUACAUUGGAACAUUGGAGCAGAAGUGGGGUCAGCUUGAAAAAGCACUUAUUAAAUUUAAUGAAAAGCACUAGUGUGUUUUCUUUUCCCCAUUUUUUUUUAGUAGAUUUAAGAUGAAGAAUUUGUACAAAUGGGGGUUAUGAAUAAAUUUAAGUUAAUUACUUUUGUUUUUAAACAAUUUAUUCGUCCUUAGUAGCCUGUAGCCUAGUAGGGUAGGGAUAUCCGUCAUUUGUACUAUGCCACAUGAGUUGACAUUUUUAAUAUUACGUAAAAUUAAAUAAAAAUAUUAUGGUGUACUUGUGGAA